AUGCCUGCUAUUCGCGGUCAAGACUCGAAGAAGAAGACUCGCCGUCACACGCGCGAUCUCGACCAGAUCCACGACGAUAUCCACAAGGAGAAGCAUUUGGAGAAGUACAAGAGCACAAAGGCCGCAGAAGACCUUCCUGGUCUGGGACAGUUCUACUGCGUCGAGUGCGCGAAAUGGUUCGAGUCUGAAGCGAACCUGACCGCACACUCCAAGGGAAAGCCUCACAAGCGCAGAGUUCGCCAGCUCAAGGAAGAGCCUUACUCGCAAAAGGAAGCCGAGGCUGCUGCUGGCCUGACCUGGACAGACAACGGCAAGCGCAAGGAAGACGACUACGAGCUUGAGAUGGCCGAGGCCACCUGA